AUGAUCUUACCCAUACCACUAUUCUUCCUCUACGUGAAGCUGUUUUGCGACGAAUCAUGGUUCUGGCUGAGCCUGGUGUACACGUUGUGGCUGGUGUAUGACUGGAAAUCGCCGAAGAGAGGCUCGCACCCAGUCAACGCGUAUCGGAACUGGGCCUUGUGGCGACAUAUGCGCGACUACUUUCCUCUACGUCUCGUGAAGACCGUCGACCUUGACCCGAACCGCAACUACAUCUUUGGUGCUAUAGACUGCAGCAAGGAAAGCAUCAAAUGGGUACUUACGCGGCCGCAGACAGGGCAGGCGGUUGUAAUCGUU